GGAUCUUCAGAUAAUACCAGAAUUCAUCCUGGGAACUUUGACUCCUUGCUUGGCGCCUUGAAGUUUCUGUGAGAUGAACUGAUGAAUAGGAGCCAUGGUACAGAAGAAGAAGUUCUGCCCCCGGGCACUGGAUUACCUCGUGAUCGUAGGGGCCAGGCACCCGAGCAGUGACAGUGUGGCCCAGACUCCUGAAUUGCUACGGCGAUACCCAUUAGAGGAUCAUGCUGAGUUUCCCCUGCCCCCAGAUGUAGUGUUCUUCUGCCAGCCCGAGGGCUGUCUGAGUGUGCGGCAGCGGCACAUGAGCCUACGGGAUGACACCUCUUUUGUCUUCACACUCACUGACAAGGACACUGGAGUCACACGUUAUGGCAUCUGUGUUAACUUCUACCGGUCCUUCCAAAAGCGAAUGCCUAAGGAAAAGGGGGAAGGUGGGGCAGGGUCUCAUGGGAAGGAAGGACCCCGUGCCACCCGCACCUCAGAAGAGGUUGGCACUGAGAACUCAGAGAGUGGCUCAUCCUUGCAGCCUCCCAGUGCUGAUUCCACCCCUGAUGUGAACCAGUCUCCUCGGGGUAAAUGCAGGGCCAAGUCAGGCAACCGAUCCCGCAACAGUACUCUGACCUCCCUGUGUGUGCUGAGCCACUACCCCUUCUUCUCCACCUUCCGAGAAUGUCUGUAUACCCUCAAACGUCUGGUGGACUGCUGUAGUGAGCGACUGCUGGGCAAGAAACUGGGCAUCCCUCGAGGCAUACAGAGGGACACCAUGUGGCGCAUCUUUACUGGAUCAUUGCAGAUGGAGGAGAAGUCGAGUGCCCUUCUGCAGGACCUUCGAGAGAUCGAGGCCUGGAUCUAUCGAUUGCUGCGCUCCCCAGUACCUGUCUCUGGGAAGAAGCGAGUAGACAUUGAGGUCCUACCCCAGGAGCUCCAGCAAGCUCUGACCUUUGCUCUUCCGGACCCCUCUCGAUUCACAUUAGUGGAUUUCCCUCUGCACCUUCCCUUGGAACUUCUGGGUGUGGAUGCCUGUCUUCAGGUGCUAACCUGCAUUCUGUUAGAGCACAAGGUGGUGCUACAGUCUCGAGACUACAAUGCACUGUCCAUGUCUGUGAUGGCAUUUGUGGCAAUGAUCUACCCCCUGGAGUAUAUGUUUCCUGUAAUCCCACUGCUGCCCACCUGCAUGGCAUCAGCAGAGCAGCUAUUGUUGGCUCCAACCCCGUACAUCAUCGGGGUCCCUGCCAGCUUCUUCCUCUACAAACUGGACUUCAAAAUACCUGAUGAUGUAUGGCUGGUGGAUCUGGACAGUAAUCGGGUGAUUGCCCCCACCAAUGCAGAAGUGCUCCCUGUCCUGCCAGAACCGGAAUCAUUAGAGCUGAAAAAACAUUUAAAGCAAGCCCUUGCCAGCAUGAGUCUCAACACCCAGCCCAUCCUCAAUCUGGAGAAAUUCCAUGAGGGCCAGGAAAUCCCUCUUCUCUUGGGAAGGCCUUCUAGUGACCUGCAGUCCACACCAUCCACAGAAUUCAAUCCACUCAUCUAUGGCAAUGACGUGGAUUCUGUUGAUGUUGCGACCAGAGUGGCCAUGGUCCGUUUCUUCAACUCCCCCAACAUGCUGCGGGGCCUUCAGACACACACACGCACUCUGCGGCUCUUCCCUCGGCCCGUGGUCGCUUUCCAAGUGGGCUCCUUUCUAGCCUCACGCCCCCGGCAGACACCUUUUGCUGAGAAAUUGGCCAGGACUCAGGCUGUGGAGUAUUUUGGGGAAUGGAUCCUUAACCCCACGAACUAUGCCUUUCAGAGAAUUCACAACAACGUGUUUGAUCCGGCCCUGAUUGGGGACAAGCCAAAGUGGUACGCUCAUCAGCUGCAGCCCAUUCAUUAUCGAGUCUAUGAUGGCAGUUCCCAGCUGGCUGAGGCGCUGAGUGUGCCCCUAGAGCGUGACUCUGACUCAGACCCUCCUGAUGACAGUGGCAGCGAUAGUAUGGAUUAUGAUGACUCAAGCUCUUCUUACUCCUCCCUUGGUGACUUUGUCAGUGAAAUGAUGAAAUGUGACAUCAAUGGUGAUACUCCCAAUGUGGAUCCACUGACACACGCAGCGCUGGGGGAUGCCAGCGAGGUGGAGAUCGAUGAGCUGCUGACCCAGAAGGAAGCAGAGGAACCUGGCCCAGACAACGGGACCUCUCAGGAAAACCCCCCACUGUGCUCUAGCUCCAGCAGCCCCACCAGCAGCAGUCCCAGCGCCGUCACCCAGGGAGCCUGUUCUGAACCGGCUGACUCAAUGGAAAUGGAUGCUAAGGCAGCAGCAGGCGUCUCCAAGUCCCUCCCGCCCGCGCCUCCCAGCAUGGGCAAGUGGAACAUGGACAGGCGUCAGACAGAAAUUGGAGCGGGGUCAGUGCGCCAGCAAACCUAUGACAAUCCAUACUUCAAGUCACAGUAUGGCUUUCCCCCUGAGGAAGAUGACGAUGAGCAGGGGGAAAGUUACACUCCCCGAUUCAGCCAUCAUGUCAAUGGCAAUCGGGCUCAAAAGCUGCUGCGGCCCAACAGCUUGAAACUGGCAAGCGACUCAGAUGCAGAGUCAGACUCCCGAGCGAGCUCCCCCACCUCCACCAUCUCCAACAACAGCAGCGAGGGCUUCGGGGGCAUCGUGUCUUUUGCCAGCAGCCUGUAUCGGAACCACAGUACAAGCUUCAGUCUUUCAAACCUCACACUGCCCAGCAAGGGUGCCCGGGAGAAGAUCACACCCUUCCCUAGUCUGAAAGUAUUUGGGCUAAAUACUCUAAUGGAGAUUGUUACUGAAGCCGGCCCUGGGAGUGGUGAAGGAAACAGGAGGGCCCUAGUAGACCAGAAACCAUCUGUCAUCAAACACAGCCUGACAGUGAAAAGAGAGCCGCUGUCACCCCAGGGUCGAUCGAGCAACUCUAGUGCAAGCCAGCAGUUCUUGAAGGAGGUGGUGCACAGCGUGCUGGACGGCCAGGGCGUUGGCUGGCUCAGUGUGAAGAAGGUGCGACGGCUGUUGGAGAGUGAGCAGCUGCGUGUCUUUGUCCUGAGCAAGCUGAACCGCACAGUGCAGUCAGAGGAUGAUGCCCGGCAGGAUGUCAUCCCAGAUGUGGAGAUCAGUCGGAAGGUGUACAAGGGAAUGUUAGACCUGCUCAAAUGCACCGUGCUCAGUCUGGAGCAGUCCUAUGCCCACGCAGGUUUGGGGGGCAUGGCCAGCAUCUUUGGGCUUCUGGAGAUCGCCCAGACCCACUACUAUAAUAAAGAACCAGACAAGCGGAAGAAAAGUCCAACAGAGAGUAUAAAUACACCAGUUGGCAAGGAUCCUGGCCUGGCUGGGCAGGAGGACCCAAAGGCUAUGGCACAGCUGAGAGUUCCCGAGCUGGGACCUCGAACACCAAGUGCCACAGGAAAGGGUCCUAAGGAACUAGACACCAGAAGCUUGAAGGAAGAGAAUUUUGUAGCAUCUGUCGAAUUGUGGAACAAGCACCAGGAAGUGAAAAAGCAAAAAGCUUUGGAAAAACAGAGGCCUGAAAUAGUCAAGCCUGUCUUUGACAUUGGUGAGACAGAGGAGAAGUCCCAGAUCAGCGCAGACGGUGGUUUGAGCCUGACCUCUGGUUCCCAGAGGGCUGAUUCAGGCUCUGUCAUCGGUGUGAGUCCAGCUGUUAUGAUCCGAAGUUCAAGUCAGGAUUCUGAAGUCAGCACCGUGGUGAGUGAUAGUUCUGGAGAGACCCUUGGAGCAGACAGUGAGCUGAGUAGCACCGCAGGUGAUGGGCCCGGUGGUGAGGGCAGCACCCGCUUGGUGAGCUCUCGGGGCACUUUGUCUGACAGUGAAAUUGAGACCAACUCUGCUACCAGUGCCAUCUUUGGUAAAUCCCACAGUUUGAAGCCAAGUGUAAAGCAGAAGCUGGUGGGCAGCCCAGUUUGCUCUUCUGAAGAUGCAAGCCAGCGAGUGUAUCUCUACGAGGGACUCCUAGGAAGGGACAAAGGAUCCAUGUGGGACCAGUUAGAGGAUGCUGCUAUGGAGACCUUUUCUAUAAGCAAAGAGCGUUCUACUUUAUGGGACCAAAUGCAGUUCUGGGAAGAUGCGUUCUUAGAUGCUGUGAUGCUGGAGAGAGAAGGGAUGGGUAUGGAUCAGGGUCCCCAGGAAAUGAUCGACAGGUACCUAUCCCUGGGAGAACAUGACCGGAAGCGCCUAGAAGAUGAUGAAGAUCGUUUGCUGGCCACACUUUUGCACAACCUCAUCUCCUAUAUGCUACUGAUGAAAGUAAAUAAGAAUGACAUCCGGAAGAAAGUGAGGCGCCUAAUGGGAAAGUCCCAUAUUGGGCUUGUGUACAGCCAGCAAAUCAAUGAAGUACUUGAUCAGCUGGCAAACCUGAAUGGACGUGAUCUCUCUAUCCGGUCCAGUGGUAGCCGGCACAUGAAGAAGCAGACAUUUGUGGUGCAUGCGGGGACUGACACAAAUGGAGAUAUCUUUUUCAUGGAGGUGUGCGAUGACUGUGUGGUGUUACGCAGUAGCAUUGGGACGGUGUAUGAGCGCUGGUGGUAUGAGAAGCUCAUCAACAUGACCUACUGUCCCAAGACCAAGGUGUUGUGCUUGUGGCGUAGAAAUGGCUCUGAGACCCAGCUCAACAAAUUCUAUACAAAGAAGUGUCGGGAGCUGUACUACUGUGUGAAGGAUAGCAUGGAGCGUGCUGCUGCCCGACAGCAAAGCAUCAAACCUGGACCUGAACUAGGCGGCGAGUUUCCUGUGCAGGAUAUGAAGACUGGUGAGGGCGGCUUGCUGCAGGUCACCCUAGAAGGGAUCAAUCUCAAGUUCAUGCACAACCAGGAGCGCAAGGUUUUCAUAGAGCUGAAUCACAUUAAAAAGUGCAAUACAGUUCGAGGCGUCUUUGUCCUGGAGGAAUUUGUUCCUGAAAUUAAAGAAGUGGUGAGCCACAAGUACAAGACACCAAUGGCCCACGAGAUCUGCUACUCUGUGUUGUGUCUCUUCUCAUAUGUGGCUGCAGUUCGUAGCAGUGAGGAAGAUCUCAGAACCCCACCCAGACCUGUCUCUAGCUGAUGAAGAGGGGUUAAGAGCUGGCCAAGCCCAGGGGAUGCCCCCUAUUCCCAAGCGUGCGAUGUUCCUGUGACUGAGGAGUGGGUGUUAUGCGUAUGUUCUCUGCAAGUCCCUGGCCGUGGCUUAGUUGGCAUCCAGUUAUAUGUCUCUUGUCAUUGUGUCCUCAUGCGUCCAUCACAGGGCUGAGCUCGUUCUCCCACCUUCUCCCUCUCUGCUCCAGAAGACCAGCCUACUGUCCUCUGGGCUCUCUACGUUCUGUGAUAGAGCACAGUGGGGUGCCUGGAGCGGUCCCAUUCUGUGGGGUGUGAGGAAAGCUUGAGGCCUGUCCUCACAGACAGGAGGUGGGAACGGAAAGGAGGGAGAGUCCACACAACAGAGUGAGCAGCAACCUCCCUGCUUGCUUAUGCACUUUCUGAGCUGGCAACCUGCCUACUGAGGCCUCCUGGCUGCAGUGGGGCAGCCCCCUGGGGCUGAUUUAUGCUGAGCAUCCAUUUCCCUGUGGUUGUGCCUCGCCUUUGGCAUGAGAGCACAGAGCAGUUGGGGCGAGGACAGUCCCUGGAACCACUGGCUGACCAUGUCCAGGAACCAGGGUGGGGUGGGAAAAGGCCAGGUUCAGUAUGUACAUCUGUCUUCAGGCAGUGUCUCCUGGCACUGGGUGCUGGAAGGGAGAGAUGGCUGCAGCAGGCAAGAGAUGAUUGUACAUAUUUCAGCUCCACAUUAUUUAUAGAAAAUGUACAGGUGUGUGAAUGUGAAAUAAUAUGUCCUUAACUGUUCUUGGGCUCCUGGCUGCCAUGCAUAUAGUGACACCUCCUCUCAGCCUACACCUAAGGAGAGCUGCCCCUGAACUCUACAAGGGCACCUUAGGCCUAAGGGAGGGAGAAGAGACGGAUGGUGCACAUCCUACCGGGAGUGCUGGAGCCCCACCCUCCCAUCCCCCAUUUCCCACCCCCACCCCCGCCCUGGCCCAGUGGGCGCUGUGCUCUGGCCUGGCCACUAGAAGGAGCAGCCAAGCUGGGCUAUGACCUCUGAGCAGAUAUUUGAUUUAGUAGUGACGGGAAAGCCAAGGCUCUCCCUGCGCCCCUUGCAGGGGUGGGCCAGACAUGUGACAUGGUUUGACCAGGGCCUCCCACAGGGCCUGGAGCCCGGCACUCUUGGCCGGGAGUGUUUGGCGUUGGAUAUAACUGAGAAACAACCCUAGAACAGCCCUCCUGGAAUAUUUUUUCUAGGCCAUGGAUGAACCCCUGGUGCUGCCUGAGCAGAAAAGACCUUCUACGCUCUAUCAGGGCACUUCUGAGACCUGAUGGCUUCCUCCUCCCAGAGUGGAGUAGGGCUCUGUCUGAUACACUGUCCUGGUUCCCAGUGUCUUGCACUAGACAGGAUAGAUCUGCUUUGCUAGGGUCUGGAUGGGCUGUACACUUUUGUUGUCCAACAGCAUCCCAAGUCAGCUUGAUGCAGCUCCAGUCUAGGCUUUACAAGCCCAGAACCACACUGAGGUUCACCAUUGCCCCCAUCCAGACAAAGAUGAUACUGAACAUGUGGGACCAGACAGGAGAGCCUUCGGUUUCUCACUCUGUUGCUAAUACACUUUUCUCCAUCAUAGCACCUCAGUUUCCUCAUUAGAAGAGUGUACACAGUGGGGGAAAACUGAGGGUCCUCCUGGUGUUAAUGUUUUACGACUUUUGGAUUCUACUCUGGGCCAUGUUUUGCUCAUUUGGAAGACAAUACCUAUGUUCAGUUUGCCCUGAAAAUCAAAUAAAUUUCCCUGUGCCCUUGGUGGAAAUAAGCACAUUGGACAAGA